AUCUCCCCCCACAUCUUCCGUGGCCGCCGCAAUGACAACCUCACCAACUCAGUACCUCUCCGCCCUCUCACUAGCUUCCUCUCCACCGCAAUCAUCCGGUAAACCAAUACCCUCGUACCAAUCACUCUUGGAGUCGCACCGCCACUUAGAAUCCACAAUCGCGGCGCUCCAAUCCCAACUUGACGAAGAAAAGCGCUCGGCGGCCUGGUGGAAAAGCCGGGUCUGCGAACUAGAUGCGCGAUGUCGCAGCAUCGAUGUCGACCUUGCGCGCGUAACGAAGGAGAAACACGCACUUGACCGGACCGUCGCGAGGUUUCAAAUGCGGGAGCGGCUCGUUCCGCGGAUGAUAGAAGCGGUGACGCAGACGGAUGAGGAGGAGGAGGGGGAGAAUGCAGGGGAAAGUCAGAAGGAUCUCGUUAUCAAUGCGCUCAUUCAGAUGGUUUGGAAUAAUCGAGCGGAGUCGAUGUUGCUCCCUACUGGCGCGCCGGCUGGAUGCGAGUGCGAUGCUGCGAAGGCCCUCCGGAAUUUAUUCCCGAAGCCGCCCGGCAAAGCACGGCCCAUGGGGUCUCUAGAGGGGAGGGACAGUGGAAGAGUAGCGCUUGCGGAGACCCCACCGCAUCCUCACCCCGAGGCGGCCUCGAAGCCGCGGCAGGAGAAGAGGGCGGCACUCAAGAUGCAGGUUUGGGCUGCACGGGAGAGGGUGGAUAGGCUUCGAAAGGAGAAUGAAGUGUUGGAAGGGUUACUACGGGGAGGGUCGGAGGCUGACAGCAAUCGUGCUGCGGAGAAAUAUGGAGAUGGGUUUGGUUAUGAUUAGUUAUUUGAGUGGCUUUUUGGGCUAGGAUUUGUUUUUUUAACCUCCUGUUUUUAUAGCCAACGGGUGUUUUGUACAAGAUUUGCACCUGUUUUAUCACUUUUGGGGUGAAUUAAGCUUAGUUUUAUUCUUUCAUGCUUCAGUGUUUUCGACUUCGAUACAUAAUUGCUUUGAGGAGGGUGUUUCUCCCAUUUUACAA